GAAAAAGUUCUGAAGGCGAUCAAGGAAAUCGACAGGCUGCUCGACAUCAUGGAGCCCGGGACUCUGGCGCUGUCAUUCAAUGGCGGGAAGGACGCUUGUGCAGUCAUGCAUCUGGUCCGGGAGGCGUGCUCACUUCAUAGGACCCACAAGUUCACUCAUGUGCAGCCCAUCUGGUUCAAGAACCCAACAGACGAGUUCCCACAGCUGAUCAGCUUCGUCCGCUCCAUGGACGGAAAGCCGCUCUCCCGCCUAUGGACGCUGCACAUUGCGAGCGAGAAAGAUUUCAUCUCUGGCAUUUCAAAGAUACAGAGGCAAGUCCCUCUGAGAUGUAUCAUCAUGGGAACGCGGAGAACAGACCCGGGCUGCGCCAAGCUAUCUGCACUGACUGCCUCGACUGGCAACUAUCCUCCUUUCCUGCGGUUCAAUCCCAUCCUGGAAUGGUCGUACAGGGACGUCUGGGAUUUCAUCAUCUCGUGCGAGCUACCUUACUGCAGCCUGUACGAUGAAGGCUUCACCUCCCUGGGGACUGUGAAUGAUACGAUUAGAAAUCCAGCUCUCCGCAUUCAGACGAAGGGAGGGGUAAAGGAUACUCAGGGCGAUCCGCGCUCCAAGGACCUCGUGCCGUUCCUGGCGCUCGCUCACAACGUCCCAGGUGAGGAUGGGAUGACAGUUGGUUGCCAUCCUGUUUUCUCUCUCUUGACAAGUCUGUGCUGGGCAGGGAUGCAAUCGGCUAAACCUGAGGGAGUGAAGUACAAACAAGCCUGGUUCCUGAUGGACGAGACGCUCGAGAGGGAGUCUCGUCUGAAGAACGCAAGGGCGACUCCCCACACUCGUGGUGAGAAAGCUGCGAUCCUCGUGAUAGGAAACGAGAUCAUGGGUGGAGUGACAAGGGACGAAAACGGCCAUUUCUUGAUUCAGGAGCUUCGCAAACUUGGCCUGGACACAGUGGAGGUUGUCAUGAUCCGCGAUGACCAGAACAAGAUUGCAGAGACUGUGAGGCGACUGAGCGACAGUCACAAGUACGUCUUCGUGACAGGAGGCAUCGGCCCAACCCAUGAUGAUGUCACCCUCCCGGCCGUGGCCCAGGCCUUCGGCUGCGGGCUCCAGACGCGGACUGAGAUCCUGGAGCUGUUGAACCAGCACCUGCCCAACGAAGAGAUCAACGAGUACCACGUGAAGAUGGCGUCCAUCCCGCAAGGCUCCCAGCUCAUCCGCAACACUGAGGGCCCGGACAGGUGGCCCCUCAUAGUCAAGAACAACGUCUACAUCCUCCCCGGAGUCCCCCAGUACUGCAAGGCCAAGUUCGAGCUCGUGCGGGAUGACCUGAAGCGAGAUCCCUUCUUCGUGGCGAAGCUCUACAUCAACGAGUCGGAGACGAGCAUCGCUCAGGUCCUCCAGGACGCCGACCAUGACCACAAGCAGGUCGACGUCGGCUCCUACCCCAUCAUGGGCAACCAGGACUACCAGGUCGUGGUGACCCUGGAGAGCAAGGAUCAGUACGCGUUGCAGAAUGCGCUGGCGCAGGUGAAGGAUGGGUUGGCCCCCCACACGAUCUUCAAGGUGGAG